AAAUCACAUUCAACGUUUGUAACUGAAGACAUCGAAGAGAAAGAUAUUACAAUUAAUAAUACAUAAUCGAAUAAUAUACAGGUUGCAAUUCGAAAUGAAAUUUACCGUUACCUUAUUGUGCUUAUUGAUAAUAGCAAUAUUAGCUGUAACUGACGCUAAAGAUGACAAAAAGAAGCCAGAACCUUGGGAAGUACAUCCAGAUGUCAACGGUGAUGGCAAAGGAAAUGUUAAUGCAGGUGUAGAAGUAAACAAACAGGGAGAGAAUCACGAUUUUGACGCUGGCUGGAACAAGGUUGUCCACGGACCCAACAAAGGCAAGCCAACUUGGCAUGUAGGCGGUACCUGGAGAUUCAAAAGAUCACCAAAUCCAGAUUGGGAGGUAAACCCUGGAGCUAAUGGAGAUGGAAAUGGUAAUACUAAUGCUGGUGUAGAGGUGAGAAAUAAAGGUAAAGAUCAUGACUUUGAGGCUGGAUGGAACAAAGUUGUUCAUGGACCCAACAAAGCUAAACCAACAUGGCAUGUAGGUGGUACCUGGAGAUUCAAAAGAUCACCAAAACCAGAUUGGGAGGUAAACCCUGGAGCUAAUGGUGAUGGAAAUGGUAACACUAAUGCUGGUGUAGAAGUGAGAAAUAAAGGUAAAGACCAUGACUUUGAGGCUGGAUGGAGUAAAGUCGUCCAUGGACCCAACAAAGCUAAACCAACAUGGCAUGUAGGUGGUACCUGGAGAUUCAAAAGAUCACCAAAACCAGAUUGGGAGGUAAACCCUGGAGCUAAUGGAGAUGGAAAUGGUAACACUAAUGCUGGUGUGGAAGUAAGAAAUAAAGGUAAAGAUCAUGAUUUUGAGGCUGGAUGGAACAAAGUUGUUCAUGGACCCAACAAAGCUAAACCAACAUGGCAUGUUGGUGGUACCUGGAGAUUCAAAAGAUCACCAAAACCAGAUUGGGAGGUAAACCCUGGAGCUAAUGGAGAUGGAAAUGGUAACACCAAUGCUGGUGUAGAAGUUAGGAAUAAAGGUAAAGAUCAUGACUUUGAGGCUGGAUGGAACAAAGUUGUUCGUGGACCCAACAAAGCUAAACCAACAUGGCAUGUAGGUGGUACCUGGAGAUUCAAAAGAUCACCAAAACCAGAUUGGGAAGUAAACCCUGGAGCUAACGGUGACGGAAAUGGUAACACUAAUGCUGGUGUAGAAGUAAGAAAUAAAGGUAAAGAUCAUGACUUUGAGGCUGGAUGGAAUAAAGUCGUCCAUGGACCCAACAAAGCUAAACCAACAUGGCAUGUAGGUGGUACCUGGAGAUUCAAAAGAUCACCAAAACCAGAUUGGGAAGUAAACCCUGGAGCUAACGGUGAUGGAAAUGGCAACACUAAUGCUGGUGUAGAAGUGAGAAAUAAAGGUAAAGACCAUGAUUUUCAAGCUGGAUGGAGCAAAGUUGUUCAUGGACCCAAUAGAGCUAAACCAACGUGGCAUGUAGGUGGUACUUGGAAGUUUUAAAAUUAUAUUUAUUUAUGUGUUUUUAUUAUAUUUAUUAUUUAUUUUUUGUAUGACCUAAAAUUAAAUGUUUUUAAUU